AUGACACUCGGUCCGGCCAGUCCUUUGUUAUGCAGAAAACCCAAUGCGCUCGCAUUUCAAGCUCGCCAAAGUGUUCGAGCUCGCGUGGGAUUUCUUUUCCUGGUCGUGUCGGCCACGUCGUCGGCGUCCUUCUUCGCUGUCACCAAGUCCAAGAUUGGCAACAAUUUUCUACGGGAACGCUUCAACAGCAUUGUCAUGGAGGCAUUUCUGGUCAACUCGUAUAACGUGGAAGUGCUGUUUCGGCCCCAAAGUGCGACCGGUUUGAAUAUGGUCAACGUCAAGUUCCAAGAAUUUUACAACGGCAGUGUUUCCACGUUAUCAAUUAAUAGUCAAUAUUCGUCGCACGUGGCGCAAUUCGAAGCCCUUUCCGUGCUCGCCAUGACUGCGGGAUUCCAGUCGACAAGUGUGCGUGACUUGCCUUGUCUAGCCACGCAGUACAAAGCCAUUGGGUUGGUCGAAACGGUCCUGGUGCAGAAUACCCUUGGCAUCUCGUAUCCACUGACGAUGAAAACAUCCAACGGAAGCUACCGCUUUGACUUGGAGACGUCGCGCAAGAUGUAUUGGGGAUGGGGCAGCGACCUGUGGACAUUGACUCACAACGCUACGACGAUGGGUGGCUCCAGUUUGAUUCGCAGCAGCAGCCAUUUUUGCUUUCACAACCAGUCGGAAAUCCGGCUUGUCUCAAAACAACUCGCUUCCCCAACCCCUGGAUGCCGGGCUGUCGCUGGUUCGAGCCGCGUUGGGGCCAUUUGGCAGCACCGACAUGUAUCACAUGCCGUGUCCUGA